UAUGUCACUUCCUGUUUUGUCUCGCAGACGUGUACAACUAUUGAAUGACUGUAGCAAAUGUUAUCUCAACGUAAACAAAACUGGAGGGAAGGAUGGCAGAUAAUAUUUUUAUUCUGUUUUAUGAAAUCAUUUCUAUGCUAGCAAAUUUAAUUAAUGUGUUGCAGUUUAUAUAUGACAUCUACCAAGAUAUCAGCAGCCGUUUGAGACAGAGCAAUGUCUUCUGGGAUACAGAGUCAAACGUCACGCAGUCAGACUGGCAAUCCUUCGCACAUCCAGAGUGGAACUCGGUCACUCGGGAUGUCUACUGGGAUCAGGUCAGACGUGAUGUCGAGUGGAAUUUAGCCGCACGAGAUGGCCGCUGGGAUUUGGUCACGCGGGAGGGCGGCUGGAAUCCAGUCACUCGAGAUGUUGGAACAUCUACAAGACAAUUGACUACGUGGUCGGCAACCGAAUCAUUAGAUGACCGGGACAUCAUUGGAGAUGCAUUGCGUGACCUGGACUUACAAGCCACUGAAGUGGACAACAGUUCUUCCCGACCACCUGUGGCGCUGCGGGACUCGGGAGAUUGCAUUAGAUGCUCGAUGCAUGCUAAAAGGAAAGUUCCCAUGAUGAAGGUCUUGUCAGACUCCAAGAAAAUGCUUCGGCUACGAGCCAGUAAAUCCGCGCACAACCAAUCUCUCCAAGUGAACAGAAACACUCACAGAGAACUAGGAAUUCAGGUCAACCUCCCACAAUCCCCAAAAGCCGCCAGAAAACGUAGCGAGUCUAGAAAUCGGCCAAUUUCGUCAUCUGGGAGCCCUGUCAGAUCCAUUGUGCACCUAUUUGAGAACCCACCUCAAAGCUGUAACUGCACGCCGUCAACUAUUUGCCUACAUAAUGAAUGUGUAAAACGUCACGUGGCUUCGCCCUCUAAUCGUUUGAUUUCCGAAGGAGAUUCCGACGACGAACCGGUUCCGGAAACGCCCUGCGGCGAAUUAAAAAAUCUCCUAAAGCGUGUCAAAACAAAGCGAAUAUGUCUGGACAAACACCACACCUUUUUGCACCGACCACACCUUCACAAAACAUUUCAAAGGCAAGCGUCGUUGUUAAAGGGAUCCUCCACCAAAAAGAGCAACAAAUCCUCCAAAAGAAUGCGUAAGAGUGAAGAUAUGGAUAAAAUAAGUUCUUCGGGGCCAUGCAGCAGUGUUUCUCGUUCUCCUGAGGAUACUACUUCUGGCGCGAGAAAGCGCAAAAGGAUGCAGGGAACGAUGGAAGCGGAGCAGACGACUUGCAUGAGCUUAAAAAAAACUAUCGCCACAAGAAACCAAGAUGUAACUGUUUUACCGCAGCGCCAAAACAUUUUAGAGACGAACUCUUCAAUGCCCCGGUACAAAUGGAGCGAGGUGGUCCAUAAACAGGUUGCAAGGCGUUUGAAUGAAAGGGACAACUUGACGAAACCAGAUGACCAACGAAAUCCUCGUGGUGCCGGCGCUAAGUUGACCGGAAGAAGGGUAAACAGUGUUGACACGAAAACGGAAGCUGGUCAUACGAGAAGCCUCAGCGUGCCCAGGGGCAGGUCGACAUCCACAGCUAGAACCAAAGACAAUAAAAUGACCAUACGGUCGCUGGUGAAGACAUUGUCCAAGACAUCAGGACAAGUCUCAGACACAACAGAUGCAAAAAAGAAAAGCUAGCGAAGUCUCAGCCAGACACUGAACACCAUCAGAAAGACGUGCGGUCAAAGUGUUCACUUCAGAAUACAAGCACAUCGCUAAGUCAUCAUCAGCAAAGGAAGAUAAAUCAAGGGAAAUAAUGAAGAUAAAUCAAGGGAAAUAAUGAAUAUAAAUUAUAAUGAAGAAACAUUAUCAUCAAGCUUGAAUAAACUUGGACAUCAUAUUG